AUGGCCUCAUUUGCGUUAAAGUCAUUUUUUUGUCUCCUUGUCGCUGCUCUCUGCUUCAUUGAAAAUAAUGUUGAAGCUAGAGAAGGUAAGCUCUUCUUUAGCAAGUUCACUCACUUAGAUCGUCCUAACAACAAAGAGGUAGCUCUAACUCCAGCUCCCGCUCCCUCUCCGGGGCUAGCCCAAGCCAAUGGAAGACUCGGUGAUGGGACUUUCGGGCCAGGUUCGGGUAUGAUUCCUCAAACAAAAGAUUCAUGGCCGGUUUUCUCUACAACCACAGACGAAGAGUUCGAGAAAUUGAUGGCUACAUUUGACGAAGAAAAAAGCAACAAGUUACCGGAACAGUUCGAGGAAGAAGAAGAGUCGGAAGAUCAUAAUGAGCAGAAGGAUAAGUAUAACAAUAACAAUAAUGGAUACACUUACACUACUAAUAACAAUUACAAUGAUAAGAGGAAAGGUUAUGGUAUUGAAGAAGAGAGGCAAGGAACGAGCGAUACGAGGUUUAUGGAGAACGGCAAGUACUUCUACGACACACGAGGCAGACAUUCCGAAAAUACCCCUACUCGUGGGUAUGAGAGUGUUCGAGGCAAUGAUCAUCCCAACGAGUUUGAAACUAUGGAUGAAUACUACAAGAGCUUCGAAGGUACUCAAGAGGAGUAUGAGCCUUGA